AUGGCUCUUAUAGGCAGGAUUCCCCGUGAACUUGGAAACCUCUCAUUUCUUGUUUCUCUUGACUUGGGAAGCAACAAUUUCCAUGGAAAUUUGCCUCGAGAAAUGACAUGUCUGCAUCAGCUUAAGUUUCUUGAUUUGAGUUUUAACAACUUUGGAGGGGAGGUUUCUUCUUGGUUUGGGUUCUUACACCAACUUCAAUUUCUAUGUCUAAAGAAUAAUAGUUUCACCGGCUCCCUUCCCUCUUCAUUUCUUAACAUUUCAAAUCUUGAAAUGUUGAAUUUGGCAUUCAAUUCCUUAGAAGGUCAUAUCCCUGUGUCUCUCUCGAAUGCGUCGAGGUUGGAGAGGUUAGAAUUAUCUAGCAAUUUACUUCAUGGAAACAUUCCAAAAGAAUUCAUCAAUCUUCUCAACCUGAACUGGUUGGCCAUACAAUAUAAUAAACUUACGGGUUCUAUACCACUUUCAGUUUUCAGCAUUUCUAGAAUAGAAGUCAUUUCAUUUAUUGGCAAUAGCCUAUCAGGAAAGCUUCCCAAUGGUUUAUGCAAUGGUCUUCCGGAACUCAAAGAGCUUUAUCUAUCAAUAAACAAGCUUCGUGGUCAUAUUCCCAUGAGCUUGUCAAAUUGUUCACAACUUCAAAUAUUGGGUUUAUCGGAAAAUGAGUUUGAUGGACAUUACAUAGUGAAAUUGGAAAAUUGA